UGGUUUACCACAGGUCAUAUUGCAUAUCUUGAAACCUCACUACAAAUAGUAAACUUUCCUCAUAACAUGUCUGGCAAUAACUGCACUGCUGUGACUGAAUUCAUUAUUUUGGGGUUAAUAGAUGAUCCAACCCUUCGCGUCAUCUUCUUUGUGAUAUUUCUAGGUGUCUAUGCUGUCACCUUAAUUGGUAACAUUAGCAUAAUCACAUUGAUCAGAAAUAGCUCCCAACUUCACACUCCGAUGUACCUUUUUCUCAGCCACUUGGCUUUUGUGGAUAUUGAAAUUUCCUCAUCUGUCACACUUCUCAUGCUCAUCAAGUUCCUUGCAGACAAGACCUCAAUACCUCUGGGAGGCUGUGUGGCCCAAAUGUGUUCUACAUCCAUCUUUGGGACCACUGAGUUCUUCUUGCUGGCUGUGAUGGCUUAUGAUCGGUAUAUGGCCAUCUGUAACCCCCUACUCUACUCCACCAACAUGUCUCCUAGGGUCUGCACUCUGUUACUCAUCAUAUCCUAUGUGGCUGGUUGUGUGAAUGCUUCAAUUUUCACUGGCUGCUUAUUGAACCGGUCUUUCUGUGGACCCAAUAAGAUUAACCACUUUUUCUGCGAUUAUUCACCACUUUUGAAGCUUUCCUACUCUGAAGAUAAUCUUGCUGAAAUUCUUCCUGCUGCCUCCUCAGGGUUAAUGAUUGUGGUCACAGUGUUAAUUAUCCUAAUCUCUUAUGUGUACAUCCUCUUCUCUGUCCUGAAGAUAAGCUCCACUGAAGGGAGAUCCAAAGCUUUCUCCACUUGCACCUCCCACCUCACAGCAGUCACUGUCUUCUAUGGGACCAGUACAUUAAUUUAUGUGUUGCCUAUGUCCAGUUAUUCAACAGAUGAGAAUAAAGUGGUGUCUGUUUUCUACACUGUAAUGAUCCCCAUGUUGAACCCCCUGAUCUACAGUCUUAGGAACAAUGAAGUAAAAGAGGCCCUGAGAAAACUAAUGAGUAGGAAACACCUUUUUUCAUGA